AUGGGGGCUAAAGCUGCGAAAGCAAAGUCAGUGCCGGGAGGUCCCUUAGCUGAUCUGCCUUCGGAGGCCGCGAGUGUACAAGCCGCGCCGCCAAUCCGAAGCCUGAGAGGUGCCGAGCAAAGGGAGUACACGCAGGAACAGGAGGCGGCUGCUGCCAAAAUUGGAGCUGUUGCAAGAGGCAGCGCCACUCGAUGGCAGGUCAAGCAGGACUAUCACGAAGCAAAACGAACCGUGGAGGGUGAUCCUCUGGAGCCGCCGCUGCUUGGCUUCGCUGACUAUGCUCAGCGAAACUCUUCUAUGCCCUCUGUGCCCGACUCCAUCCGCUUCAAGGUCCGUGAUGUGACCAAACGGAACGUGUUGAAGCAGCUGGGGCACACUGAGGGCGUGAGCCAUUGGAACACCUUCGAAGCCUUGGCAUCGAGGCUACUAGAGAAGGUGUCUGGUUCCGGCGGUGAAAGCUUGCCGCCAGGCCCGAAGAAGCAGAUGUCAAUGGCCCAUCUUUUCAAUGAUGAGGAAGCACUCCGAGCAGAACUCGAAACGAAAGCGGCCGAGGGUUUUGUGGCUCGUCGACAGGACCACUACUUGCUGGGAAAGUACCAGAUGGUGGCAGUGCCGGCAAUGGCCGAUUAUGACUCGGCGUUCGGAGAGGUGCGACCGGGACCGCAGGAAGGCCUGCAGGCAGCAUCCCCACAUCAAAGCUGGGACUGCGACGGUCCCGAGGGUUUCGACGGCUGGUUCUGGGUGCUGCAUGCGGCCGCACCAAAUAUUGGCGAAAGUGCACAGGCAGAGGACUUUCUGGCGUAUUCGGUGGAAGAGGAGGACGUUGACGAAUCGAGCCCCGCACGGACAGAGUCCGUGAGAUCCACCGUUUCGACGGCCUCCAGGUGUUGCUGGAAAGAUCGGCUUGUGCGACCAACGCGGCGGUUGAACGAGGAUCUCUACAUCCAAGACCUACGUCACCUCUGGAGGAAUGUCCUCACAGCUAUGAGACACUUGCAGGUUGAGGACGUUAUUCUUUUCCCAUUCGGAAUGGGUGCUUUCCUGCGACACCUGAACCUAAACGACGAUCGGUACGAGGAUGCGAGCAGCAUGCGAAGAUUGAAACGGAGAAUCGCCGAUGAGCUGAUGCAUGCCAUUGUCGACAUAUGCUCGCCAAAGUCCAGGGCCGCUCCGAAGGCUUCAGCACCGUUCGAAACCAGAGUGCACCUCUGUCUUGUGUGUGUCAACCCAGAGAGCGUAGACAACCACAACUGUUUCGUCGAGGCAGCAGCAGCUCGGGCAAAGGGCUGCCCAGAGCUGAAAGAGAUCCUCCACUUGAGGCGCAACGUCGAUUCCUUGCAGCUAGCCCACGAGCUGGCGAAGAAGUCUGGCUCUGGCAAGCUAAAGGUCGCCCUGCUCAAUGGUGCCAACCGGAAGCUUUGCGGAAACCAUUGGUUUCAAAGUGGGGCUCGCUACGCCAUCGACGAGAACCUUCAUCGUCGCUCUGCAUCGCUUUCCAGAGCCUCCUUGCUGGUCAACUUUGAUACGGAGCCGAGGCCUCGCCGCACCACGCAACUUCAGGAGACCGUGAAGUUCUUCAGUGGAACCGUGGUAAACUUGGCAAAGAAGAUGGAGCCGGAGAAAGUCAGUGCUGUCCAGAAGCAGGAGGUGAAGCCGAAGUCUGCUCCACCCUCCAAGGCCAAGGCGGCCAAGGCUCCGGACCGCAGGCCCUUCUGCCUCUGUGGCCGAGCCAAACCACAGGAGCGAGCCGAGGAGCAGCCGGAGAUGGUUACAGGUACAGUUUGA